AUGAGCUUCACCCACUCACACAUUAAGCUGAACAAUGGAAUAUUAAAGAAAAGCUCUCAGAAUAUAUUUUUUUGUAGCAACUUUUUCAAAAGAGGGAAACAUGACUGCGCGAUAAAUUAUUAUGGGCAUAAUCGCACAUGCGAGAAAGAAGUAAAGGGUGUAAGUGGUGGUACCAGGGGGGCGUAUUCUGUCCACGUUCGAAAUUUUAUUCACCUACCCAGUAGCGUCGCUAGCUGUGAUGGAGCCAAUUCAAAGGGAUACAGCCCAUGGAUCGGAGCAGACAAAUCGGCAGAGUGCUCCACACGGGACAAGGAAAAAACAUGCAAUAGUGAGCAUAAGGGGGAAGAAAAUCUCGAAUGGGCCAAAAGUGACAAAAAUGAAGAGACACUGGGGGAUGUCCCCCCAGGGGAAGUUACAAAUGAUGAAAUCAUCCCGUACACUCAUUUCAUCAUUGAAAAAUGCAAAGCUAACUUGCAACAAGAUGUAGACAGCUACGAAUCUUCCUGGUAUGUCGAACUCGUUUAUGAAUUACUAAAUUGCACAAAAAUUAUGUUCGAUUGUUCUUGGAUGACUUCUAUCGCAGCAACGACGUCAUUCAUGAGGAUAAUUAUUUUACCCUUAACCGUAUCGGCAGAACGGGACAGAAGAAAGCAAAAAAUAUUAAACCCUCUAAUAAAAGAAUUGACAAAUAAAUUAAAAAGUAAUGCACAAGAUGGAAAUAUAAAAAUGGCACUUGAAUUUAAAAAAAAAAUCCUUAACAUUAGAAAUACCCAUGGGAUAUCUUUAAUCCCCAAAUCAAUUAUCCUAAUGGCAUUUUUCCAAACCCCUUUAUUUUUUAUAUUUUAUUUUUCUAUGAAAAAAAUGGCCUCCUAUCCUGAAGUGUUUAAAGAAUUUACUUUUGAGUCUCCACUAUGGUUAGACAGUCUUUCUUUACCUGACCCAUAUUAUAUACUCCCUCUGUUGUCCUCCCUCUUGCUAUUAUCAAAUAAUGAAUUAACAGCAUUGAUUGACAAGGCACUAAGCAAAAGCAAGUCCAGUUCCCUCCUUGCAGAUGAAAGCGAUUUUCAAAAAAAAAUGAAACAAGUGUCAAAGCUAGGCAUGAGAUUAUUUUAUAUAUCUUCAUUAUUUUUUUUUAAAUCCAUGCCAUCGGGGUUACUCAUUUAUUUGAUCACAAACACCUUCUUUCAAUUACUUACGACCCAAAUUUGUAAAAUAAAAGUGGUUGAGAGAUUUUUGGAUCUGCCUCCCUUAUACUCCAGGGGGCUGUCCUUUCAAGGGGACGCAGGAGGUAAGAAUCAAUCCGAUUCGAGACGCAGAAAGGGCAUUCACAUGGACGACUUGGUAAAGGGUAAGUUCACAUGA